CUCUAUAAUUUUUUGCAUUUUUUUUUUUUGUACAAAUGAGUUGUAACAAAAAUAUAAUAAAAAAACAUAAUAGUUUCUAGAAAGGUAACAAAAAGAAAUCGCAGAUUAUCAAACGCUUUAAUAUAAAGCCUUUAAUUGGUAAUAAAUCGUCUCGAAGUAGUAAAAACUAUACGUCGUGAUGGGUGCCGCAUUAAUAAAAAUGAUUAACAGAAAGCAUACAAACUUUACUGUCUUACCAAGAGAAAAGCCGAGAACUAUAGUUUUGGAAGUCUCUAGCGUUAACCCUCCGGAAUACGAUUUCAAGGAGUUUGUCUUAAAAUGCGAAAAUCUGCAAAGAAUAAAAAUGCUACUAGAAUCAAAAAUAAGAACUGAACUAAAAAAGUGGAGUCUGAAAUCAUCGAGUCAAGAUAUUUCCUCUCACGAGCAUAAUAAAAACUUGUACCAAUUUAUAAAAUAUUUUAAAAAUGUACAAGAGGAACAAAAUAAUUUGAUUCAAAAAGAAAAACUUAGAUUUGAAAUGAUAAAAGCAGAGUUUGAUGAAACAGUUAUUUAUAAAAUGAGAAACAGACUAAAAUAUUUCAUUGAAUUGAACAAAGAUCACGAAGAAAUUAUAUAUCGAUUAAAAGAGGCUACAGAGAGCUAUAAAGUUGAAUACACCCAUCGCACAGGUGCAAGUUCAGACGGAAGAAAAAAAAGAUUAAGAGUGAUCACGGGAGAUAAUUGUUAACUGAAGUUCAGUAUUUGCUGAUUCCACUUCUAUCAGUUUAGUUUUCAAUAAAUCAGUAUUUAUUGAUACAAGUGAUUGAUCCUGUAUUCCUUAGUUGUUGAUUGAGUAUACAUCAAGCCACACUAAAGAACAAGUCAAAGAACUUAAAAAAAAUCAAAGAACCAAAAGUAUUGAAAUGUAAAGUUUAUAUUAAAAAAUGCUUGUAAAGUUUAAUUGCUAAUUAUGAUAAUUAAUUUAAUUAUGAUAA